UUUAAGUUUUAUAAUUUUUCAGAUGAGUCCAGAAUCAAAUAAUAUUGUAGACAUCUGCGUACAAUCUUCAAGUGAUGGGUCAGAAGGUGAAAAAAUUCAAAGAGACAUGAAAAGUGUAUGUCUAAAAGCAGGAGCUAUUUCUAAAGGAAGGGAAAUAUCUUCGAGUCAAUCUUCAGAUAAAUUAAAAAAUAAUGAUCUAAAAUUUAAAGAAGAUAUACAAUUUUAUACUUUUUGUUAUCAAGACACAUUUGCUUCACUAAAAUAUUUAGAAUCGGAAAUAAAAAUCAAUGAAGGUAAUUUAAUUUAACUUACCAAAAUAUUCUCCAAGUUAAAUAUGUAUUUAAUAUUUUUAGGUAUCUUGCGAGAGGAGAAUGAACAACGUAAUAAAUAUAAAAUUGAUGAUUGUCGACGUACGCAUGAUUACAAUCAGUUUAUUAGUACGUUUUUAGCAAUGUUAGCUGAACAACGUAUAUUACCUGAAUUAAUACAACAAUAUUUGGACACACAAAAACAAAAUACAAGUACACAGCUUUCACUUUCUGUACAAUCUCAACCUACAAAUCAAGCACAGGUGAAAUCAAAAUCUAAUAAAAAAACUUCAAAAAAUAACAAAACGUUGACAAAACGCAAGACAGCUACUAAAAAACGACGUAAACCAUGACAGGUCAUUAUUGUUACUAUUUAUUGGACGUUUGAGUCAUUUUUAUAUCCAUACUACCGUCAUAAGCCACUAAGCAGUUACUCCAUUUUUGUCGAAAUCGAGAUUUUGGUGUCUAUCGAUAGAUAUUUUAAUCCUCUAUCGAUUCCUGUAAAAAAUUUAAGGUUUUUCUCAUUAAAAAUACGUAUAAAUUGAUAAGAAAAUGAUUUAUUAGGAAAAUUAGCACUAUGUACUGUUUUAUUGUUUCCUGAAAACUACGAAUUUGGAGUUACUGCUUAGUGGCUUAUGA